GCGCCAUGACUGUCCGCUUCAAGUGUCAGAGUGAAUACCAGAAGAGCUACGGGGUUCCCCGGUCCAGGAGUUUGCCCCCUCAGCGCUGCACCCCGUUGGCCGGCCUCCGCUCCUACCAGAUGGGUAUCAGCAGAGAACCAGGUCUCCAGCGUCGGAAGAGGCUCGGUCCUGCUGGUCUCGCUCAGUCCUGCACUUCUCUGCUCUGUCCAUCAGAUCCACAUCAGUCCCCUGCUGAACCGACCGCUCAUGCCCACAUAAGAGCGCCCUCUGCAGUACCAGCCUCCAGGAGUCGCUCCGCCCACAGGAAGAAGCCUACCCUGGACCCAAGACCUCCAACACCUCCUCCUGAAUCUCGAGCAGAACCUGAAUCUCCUGCACAACCAAAAACUCCAGAGAGGCCACAGCGUGCUGCAGGAAAAUCUACAAAGCUCCACCCCUCCCAGCCUGACAGACAACCACAGCAGCCCAGCCGCCCUCCUACAGCAGCACCUGACCGACAGCAGCUCUCGGCCAAUGAGUUCGAGCAUGCUCUGCGGUCGAGGGCGGGGCUGAGGUCAGAAGGUCAAAGGUCGGGAGGUCAGAAGUCAGAGUACCACAGACAGUUCAGCUGGAAGAAACCUACAACUGCUGCGUCACCAGUACUGACUGCAGAACAGGUGCUGUAUUCCAGCAGCAGAUCUGUCCCUCCCUUUAAGAAGAACUCCGUUGCCAUGGAAACGGAGUAUCAGCGGAGCUUCCAGGGCGUGGCCCCUCCCACCGAACCCCGCCUUCGGACACAUCUGGAACAUCAGCAAAUCCCGCUGUUCCACAAACACAUGACCAACAAAAAGAGGAAGGAGGAGUCACAGAAGAAGCCCCGCCCCAAUAACAACGCCCCCACCCCUCAGAAUGAUAAUGCCACGCCCCCUCCUCCUCCUCAGGUGCAGAGAGGACCCAGGAUCCCAGAAAAAGGCGGAGCCACGGACGGCGACGCCCCUCAGGUGAAGCAGCUGAAGCAGCUGAGGCAGGAGGCCUCGUCGUACCGCCGCCGCGCCUGGGGAACCAACUUCUCCAGAGAUCACCUGAACCAGCUGCGGUCCGAACACAACGCUCUGUGGGAGCCGACCGACACCACGGACUCUGCCACUGACCCCCCCACCCCACGCUUGACCUUUGACCUCUGUGAGGAUCCAGACAGCCGCAGCACGCCCUGUGUGGAGGCUCUGGACCUGGCCAGCCGCUCCGCUGCCUCCAGUAAGAGGUCGUCUGUCGUGGGCUCAGGAGAAAUAAACAACACAAACAAAAACACACAAACAAAAGCACAAACGUCUCAAAGUCCUCCUGCUGAAAGACCCACCGCCUGGGAAGGAGGAGGAGGAGAAGAAGGAGAAGAAGAAGAAGGAGGAGGAGGAGGAAAUACAGACGAGGAGGAGGGGAGGUUACCGACUCCAAGGCUGAAGAUACGACCAGUUCAGAGAACCCACCACGACCUCACCACACCUUCUACUGGAGGAGCUAUUCUAGUGGGAAAAGUGAAGAUCAGUGAUGAGUCUUCUCCGCUCAAACAACAGAGGUGUGGGUCAGCCGUUUCCGUGGCAGCGGGGGCGGACGCUGCGGUCGACAUGCCGGUCAAACGGAGAGAGGCGUGGUCAGAGAAUAAACGCCCUCCAUCACCUGGCCCCUCCCCCGACCACAAACUGGCUUCUAAACCAAUCAGGAUGAAGCAAACGCCUCCAACCCCUGUUGCCCCACCCCCUCUGGUCCCUCCCUCACUGCACUGCAUCCAGGGAACCCUGAGACACCCUGACUUCCAGCACAACGGUGAGUUGGGUCUGAGGUUCAGGGAGCUGCAGUGUUCAGGACGAGGCUGCGGCUCCGAUGACGACGACCGGCUCUCGGUGAUGUCGUGGCGUUCCGCGGCCUCCUGCUCCAUGGCGUCCGCCGUCCUGCAGCGCGCUCAGAAGAGACGAGAAAACUUCUGGGGGAAGAGAUGACCUCCGACCUCCUGACCCUAACGAGGUCCCUGCUGUCGCCGUGGAAACCAGCACUGUUGUUUGUAGAGCUGAGUGGUUAGUUAAUGAGUAAUUGCUGUAAUUAGUCAGAAUCAUGUAUUUUUAUAGAUGUAAGUGAUUAAUUUAAUUAGAGAGAAUCAUGUAUUUUUAUAGGUGAGUGUCAGUACCUGUGUCAGUGUUUACAGGUUUGUCAUAGAUGUUUUUAUAAAUCUAAUUAUGUAACGUUAGUCAUUGUGUUGCUGCGGCUCAGUUACAUCACAACCUGAAACCUGAGCUCGUCAGUUUCCUCCUGAGGGAACGAGCUCCCACUGGUUAAAGGAAAACUUUGGAGAAACGUUUGGCAGCGACGUUCGGUUCCUGUCAGCGGUUUGGUGUCUGUUUCAUCUUCCUCAACGUUUCUCACACGCUGCUGCAGCGAACACUUUGACCUUUGACAUCAGAGAAUCCAACGCUCUGACAGCGUCUUCCUCAUGACAGACUCACGGUGAGAACAAACAGACUGCUAAUUCUUUUAUCAUCCAUUAAUCUGCCCAUUAAUUAUUACAUUUUUUUAUUAGUUUGAUCUAUAAAACAUCAUGAACCUCAGGGUCAGAGGCUGCAGCCAAUCCCAGCUCACAUGAGGUGAGAGGCGGGACUUACCCUGCACAGACCAACUGUCUGUCACACGGCCGACACACAGAUGAACAAACAUUCACACCUGCAGGAAGUUCACCAGUUAACCUGCAACAUAUAAACUCCAGGGUUCAAACCCAGAACCUCCUGGCUGUGAGGCGCCAGUGCUGAUCACUGAACCACCGCGUCGUCCCGAACAACAAGUAAACACACAGAAAUAUUCACUUUACAAAAAUAAGAAUAAAGAAAAGCAGCUAAUUCUCACAUCUGAGA